CGCGUAUAGCCUCGCUGAUGUUGUGAGCAAGCGCCACCUUCACAGGUAGUCUGCCACACAAGCUGAUUCUAAAGCACAACCUCUCCACUUAUUGCCGCCUCCUCACCCACCAACAACCUCCCGGGGCCUGCAUGGUGCUGCUGAGUGGGCAUUAUUGAUCGCGGGCCGAGCAGGAGAAGCGUCUCCCGACAGCCAGCCGGCGCCGCUGAUGGAAUUUAAGCACACAACAAUGGCGAGCCCCGGUCCCAACAAGACGUCCGCGGCUAGCAGUAACAACGGCGCCUCGGCCGCCCACCACCAGCCUCUGCAGCACAUCAGCAGCGUGAGCAGCCUGCAGGACUCCAACACCUGCUGGAGGUGUCAGAGUGAAACAGGCUUUCAGAUAAACCUGUCUGGAGCUCCCCCAAGUAAACGUAAAGCCCUCAAGCUGAACUUCGCCAACCCGCCUAUCAAACCCACUACCAGAUUCACACUGAACACGGGCGGACAAGCCUUCCAGAACCCGCACAUCGAGAGGCUGAGGACGCACAGCAUCGAGUCGUCCGGGAAGCUGAAGCUGUCGCCUGAGCAGCUAUGGGACUUCACAGCCGACGACCUCAAGGACUUGGGCGAGAUCGGUCGCGGGGCGUACGGCUCUGUCAACAAAAUGGUGCACAAGCCCAGCAACCAGAUCAUGGCCGUCAAGAGGAUCCGCUCGACGGUGGACGAGAAGGAGCAGAAGCAGCUGCUCAUGGACUUGGACGUGGUGGUGCGCAGCAGCGACUGUCCCUACAUCGUGCAGUUCUAUGGAGCUCUUUUCAGAGAGGGCGACUGCUGGAUCUGCAUGGAACUCAUGGCUACCUCCUUAGACAAGUUCUACAAGUUUGUGUAUUGCUCGCUAGAUGACGUCAUUCCUGAGGAAAUCUUGGGGAAAAUUACUUUAGCUACUGUGAAAGCACUUAACCACCUAAAAGAAAACUUGAAAAUAAUCCACAGAGAUAUCAAGCCAUCAAACAUUCUCCUGGACAGAAACGGCAACAUCAAACUGUGCGACUUUGGGAUCAGCGGCCAGUUGGUGGACUCCAUCGCCAAAACGCGCGACGCCGGAUGCCGACCGUACAUGGCCCCGGAGAGAAUCGACCCGUGUGCGUCACGGCAAGGUUAUGACGUGCGCUCCGAUGUGUGGAGUUUGGGAAUUACGUUGUACGAGCUGGCGACGGGGCGCUUCCCGUACCCCAAAUGGAACAGCGUGUUCGAUCAGCUGACUCAGGUGGUCCGGGGAGACCCCCCGCAACUCAGCAACUCUGACGAGAGACGCUUCUCACCAAAAUUCAUCUCCUUCGUCAAUGUGUGCCUUACCAAGGAUGAGUCCAAAAGGCCAAAAUACAAAGAGCUGCUGAAAGAUCCGUUCAUUCAAAUGUACGAGGAGCGUCCGGUGGACGUGGCCGCUUACGUGUGCCGGCUUCUGGAUCAGAUGCCGGCUUCUCCCAGCUCGCCUUCGUACAUGGACUGAUUACCACUCGCAAAAAUUAAUUAACACUUCCAUUCACCUAGCUGCAACAAUAAAGACUUCAACUCAAAUGCAAAAUAAAAAACAAAGUUGCUAGAAAACACACACGCGCGCGCACACGAACGCACAUCCGUCGUGAUUAAAAAAAAGUGCAUCUCAGCGAUGCAAUGUCAUGACCACAUUUAAGAUAUAUGCUUAUUAGUAUUAUUUUAUUUUGAAGAAGGAAGUGUUGCCCCCUCCUGGAAACAUGCCGAGUGUGUGUGUGUGUGUGUGCGUGUGAAUUGCAAGCAUCAAGUGUUUGGUCUCCUAUCAAACUUAUGUGAAAAGUGAGUAAAAAGUAAGCAGUGAGAGGCUGAAGUUGUCUACGAGGUAAGCCAAUAUAUGCUGAAUAAAUAAAUAAAGAAAGACCAGAAGAAUA